AUGUUCCCACAUUUGCUAAACACAUAUCUCUUAUCAAAAAUUACCAAACUGGUCCAACUGCCCGAACCAAUGCCCGAUUGGAACAAAUUUAACACUAAAGUGAACUUUUCCAGGUGUGAAGUUUGGGCAAAUAACGCACGGUUCGCCAUCAGAGAUGACGGUUCACUGAGGCGCAGAUAUUUUGGAACCGAUAACGCCGAACAUAUUAAAUCCGUCCAACAAUCUUACCGCGCAAUUGAAGAUGCAUGCGAUCUUGCGAUAAACAACAUACCUUUUCAGUGCGAGUAUUCGACCUCGCUUUGUACAAGCAAACGUGGUAAAGAACUUAAUGCUUUUGUGUUUUCACAUAGAAAUAUUGUUUAUAUAUGCCCAGGCUUUUUUGACUAUUCCGUUAACAACCCUAAUAAAAAUGCUCUUACUCUCAUCCACGAACUGUCGCAUCUUGAAUCGAUAAGAGGAACCCAGGAUUAUGGAACUGGCUACGGCCUGGAAAAAGUUAAAAGUUUAACCAAAAUUAGCGAAUGCCUUAUGGAUGCCGACACAUUUGCUUAUUUUGCCAGUGACGCGGCAGGUUACAAGCAUUGGGAAUAA